GCUCUCUGCACGUGCGGUACCGUUUUGGAUUGCCUUCCGCAACUCGUCAAUAUUUUAGGCGCGCAGGGUGCUGUUGAAGUCGAAGUACUUUUUCCAUUCCCAACAAAAUUUCUCAAGUGGCGCACAGAUAAUAUAAAUACAAUACAAUACAGUUUAUUUUCGGUACUGCAUAAAAAAAUAAAAGAACUGUUUGCAUAUUUGCUUGGUUGACUAAUGCCCGUUGGCAGAACGAGCGUAUUUAUCAUACCAAUUGUUGGCCAAAUAUUAAGUCUCAAACCGAUGAACAUUUAAAUUAAAAUUCAACUCUUGCAUAUCCGUCCACCAAAAGCUUGGCUCUUAAUAGGAUUUACUUUAUGUUCAAAAAAUCUGCAACACAUUUGCAGCGCUGUGGGAAACCAUUUGACGUAAAUAGAAAAUAAAAGAUAUACAGAAGAAAAGGAGCUUGCUUUUGUUUUUGUCUGCAGGAAAAAGGAAAUACUCGUAGAUAAAAGAAAUUAAUGCAACUGAUUUAAUAUACACAACAAUAACAACAACACGUGCAUGAAGGGCUUAAAACAGGAUACCCUGCUACCGAAAUCUUGUUUGUAUUAGCUGCCCACAGAUAUCCAAAAAGUUUUUCGGACCCUUCGCAACAAACACACGAGAUGUCGGAUACGGCAUCGUUUGAAAUGGGGUCGGUGGAUCGACCGAAUCGCUUCCAAGUGAAUCCCGUAAACCAUCAAAAGAACAACAAUGAGAACAACGAAAACCGCAAAUCACACGCCCUCCCCCCAACCGACCCAGACUCGGAUGGUACCCACGAAGUUUACCGCCGGCUGACCAACAUCGAUGGUGACCUCCUCGAGGACGACACUUUCGAUGCGACACAGUUGCUGAACAAACAACAGCCCCGGCAACAGCGGCAGUCCAUCAAGAGCAGUUUUCGGGACAAGGAUAAGCCGUCACGCUUCAAGGAUCUGCAGACAACGACACGCUUUCAAGUGGAACCCCAAAAUGAGGAGUCCGAUUCAAAUGACUCUCAGGAGGAUCGCGAACUUCUCGAGAAUGAAUACGACACAAAGUAUGGCAAAAGCUUUAGGCACUUUACGCGUGAGGCGUUGCCACGCCUCGAUAAUUAUCGCAACAUGAUGUCCAUACAGGCGGCCUAUCGACCAACGCUUGACGAGCUGCAUAAUGCAACGCUUGUGGGCAAGAACACGCACAGCUUACAGCGCAAUCAGGAUUUGGAGGCGGGCAAUAUGAAUGGUAUGCUGAAAUUCGGUUGGAUCAAAGGUGUGCUCAUUCGAUGCCUGCUCAACAUAUGGGGAGUGAUGCUCUUUCUCCGUCUCAGCUGGGUGGUCGGCCAGGCCGGCAUCAUCGAAGGCUUUAUAUUAAUACUGACAACGACUGCUGUCACGACUAUCACGGCGCUGUCAAUGUCAGCGAUAAGCACCAAUGGCGUCAUUAAAGGAGGUGGCACUUACUACAUGAUAUCCCGCUCGCUUGGCCCCGAAUUCGGUGGCUCCAUUGGCCUGAUUUUCUCGCUGGCAAAUGUAGUCGCCUGUGCCAUGUAUGUGGUUGGUUUCUGUGAGUCCAUGCAGGCCAUGAUGUCGAGCAUGGGUUGGUAUAUUGUCGAUGCUGGUCUCACGGACGUGCGCAUUGUGGGCAGCAUCACAAUUCUGCUGCUGCUCAUCAUCGUUGUGGUGGGCAUGGAAUGGGAGGCAAAGGCACAAAUCGGACUACUUGUCAUUUUGUUGGCUGCCAUUGCGGACUUUCUUGUCGGCAGUUUCAUUGGACCCAAGAGCACAGAGGAAGAGGCCAAGGGUUUCUUAGGCUACAAUGCUACACUACUCCAAACGAAUCUAUUUGCGGACUAUCGGGACGACAAUGAUUUCUUCUCCGUGUUUGCCAUAUUCUUCCCAGCUGCUACUGGCAUUCUGGCGGGUGCCAACAUUUCUGGUGACUUGAAGGAUCCACAAAAGUCCAUACCCAAGGGCACCAUCUUGGCCAUAGUCAUCACCACCGGCACUUACCUGCUGAUGGUUGUCGUCUGCGGUAGCACCGUGGCCCGAGAUGCCACUGGCAAUUUGACGGACAUUGCUAACGGUUCCUAUGCGUUUCUGCUCAACUGUUCAGAGGUCAAGUGCGACUAUGGACUGCAGAAUUCAUUCCAGGUAAUUGAGUUGGUCUCUGGCUUUGGGCCGCUCAUCUAUGCGGGUUGUUUUGCCGCCACGCUCUCCUCGGCAUUGGCCAGCUUGGUCUCGGCUCCAAAGGUGUUUCAGGCUCUAUGCAAGGACGAGCUGUACCCAAAGAUUGUGUGGUUCGCCAAAGGCUACGGCAAGAACAAUGAGCCAGUACGGGGCUACAUCUUGACUUUUGUCAUUGCCACAGCCUUCAUACUCAUAGGCAGGCUCAACCUGAUUGCGCCGCUCAUCUCGAACUUCUUUUUGGCUGCCUACAUGUUGAUCAACUUUAGCACAUUCCACGCCAGCUUGGCUAAACCUGUUGGCUGGCGACCAACCUUUAAGUAUUACAACAUGUGGCUGAGUCUGCUGGGCGCCGUGCUCUGUGUGGCUGUGAUGUUCCUGAUUUCCUGGGCCACAGCGCUUAUCACGUUCUGUGUGGUGCUGGCAUUGUACUUAAUUGUCGCCUAUCGCAAGCCCGACGUCAACUGGGGCUCCACCACACAGGCUCAGACCUACAAGAAUGCGCUGAUGUCGGUGCAGCAGCUGAACAAUGUGGAGGAUCACGUCAAGAACUAUCGUCCCCAGAUAUUAGUGCUCUCUGGGCUGCCCAAUGCACGACCUGUGCUGGUUGACUUUGCCUACAUGCUGACCAAGAAUCUAUCACUAUUAGUUUGUGGUCAUGUGCUGCGCGGAUCUGGCUCGCAGAAGUAUCGCAACUACCUAAAGGAUCGUGCCUCCAACUGGUUCAGAAAGCAUCGUGUUAAGGGUUUCUACGCAUUGGUUGAUGGUGAGGACUUUGAGUCGGGCACGAGGGCGUUGAUGCAGGCCACAGGCAUUGGCAAGCUGAAGCCGAAUAUUAUACUAAUGGGUUACAAGACGGACUGGCAAACCUGUGACCGCAAGGAGCUCGUGCAAUAUUUCAAUGUCAUGCACAAGGCUUUGGACAUGUAUCUGUCUGUGGCCAUAUUGCGUGUGCCCCAAGGCUUGGACUGCUCUCAGCUGCUGGGUUCACCGGAGGGUGGUUGGACGACAGCCAACUACAAUCUGGAAGUGCCACGCACGCUGCAACCCAACGAGAGCUCUGGUGACUUGCAGGCAACGGAGCACAAUGCACGGAAUCCACUCAGUGGCAGUGUCGACUCGCUAAGUCGCAAUGUAUCGCAAGAUGCCGCCAACAACACGGGCCGCAAUGAGAAGGGCUUGAAGUUAGCCAAAUUGCGUUUCCAGCAAGGCCUGCGCAGAAUACGCUCUUGGCCAGCUGUUGAAUUUGAGUCUUCUAGCACCAGUGACUUAUCCUUUAUUGCCGGCAAUCAGACGAAGGAUGUCUCGGGCAUGCCCGAUCCACUCGAUGUAAAAACUCCCUUCGAACAGCCGAAUACAAUCAGGAAAUCGAAGCAGAAACACGAUGAUCCAGUCUCGCUCUAUAGAGGUCCUGGCGGCGUCGAGUUGCCCAAGGACGUGCUGGCUGACUUGACGCAAUUUACGCGUAAACGCAGCCAUGCCAUCAUCGAUGUCUGGUGGUUAUACGACGACGGUGGCCUCACCUUGCUCUUGCCUUACAUCAUAAGUACGCGGCGCACCUGGCAAUCAUGCAAAUUGAGAGUCUAUGCGUUGGCCAACAAGAAAGCGGAGUUGGAGUUCGAGCAGCGUUCGAUGGCGAGUUUGCUGUCAAAGUUCCGCAUUGAUUACUCAGACUUGACGCUGAUACCGGACAUUACCAAGAAGCCGCAGGAGUCAUCUACGCAGUUCUUCAAUGAGCUGAUCAAGGACUUUGUGGUGGUCGACAAGGAGAAUGGCAGCAAGGCGACGCUCAAUGACGAUGAAGCUCUUAUUAGCGAGGAUGAUCUGCUCGCUGUGGUGGACAAAACGAAUCGAUAUUUGCGUCUGCGGGAAUAUCUUCACGAGCAGUCCACGAAGUCGGAUCUGGUCGUGAUGACGCUGCCGAUGCCCCGCAAAAAUAUCGUCUCAGCUCCAUUGUACAUGGCCUGGCUGGAGAGUCUCAGUCGAGAUAUGCCGCCAUUCCUCUUUGUGAGAGGCAACCAGACGAGCGUUCUCACAUUCUAUUCGUAGUCAGCAGGAUUCGUGUCUUUUUUUAUGUACCCAAUUUAUGCUUGGUUCUAUUUAUAUAUACUGUUGGCCAAAACUCACUUCGUAGUUGAAAUGAGCACAAGAUUUUUACCAUUAUUCUAGUUUGUACUAUAAAUGUAUUUGUAUUUAUAUUUGUAUUUAUAUUUAUAUAGGCUGACCGAA